AUGGAGCAAGACCCAACAGCAUUUUUACAGGAGAUGAGAAGGAGAAUAGAGGCAAUGCAGGCGGAAAUUGAAACCCUUAGGGCUGAGCGUGAUGCGGCCAGAGGGGCGCAAGCUAAUCGUCCAUCUUCUGCAGGCGCCCAGACACCACCAAUUGUAGAGAUGCCGAAAACCGAGCCAAACUCGGAAGAGGACACAGAUCCCAUUCCUGAUAGUUAUUAUCAGGGAGAGGAGCAGAGUGAGGCUGGUUCGCAUUGGAUCGCAAACCGUCCGGCACCGGCCGGUCGGGCAAGAGCAUUGCAUCCGUUCACAACCGCAAUCAUGGAAGAACAGAUUCCGGAGAGAGCAUUUCCAACUCUAGAGAAGUAUGAUGGGUCGAGUGAUCCGGAGGAGCAUUUAAGAUCCUUUGUUGAUGCCAUGACUAUUUACUCACCCAGGGAGAAUGUGUGGUGUAGAGUUUUUUCCUUGUCAAUAAAGGGAGAAGCAUUGGCAUGGUUCCACUCGUCGAGACCUCGAACCAUCAAUAACUUUGCCACUUUAAGAAAUAUGUUCGAGCGACAGUUUUCGACGGGUAGAGCGCGAAAUCUGACGUAUCUGGAGUUAACCAACAUAAAACAGGAGAAAGGAGAGGGUCUUAGGGAUUUCAUGGAUAGGUUCAAUAGAACCGCACGACAAGUAAGGGGAGUAGGCAAGAAGUUUACUAUCAGUACUCUGGCCACUACGUUGAGGCCUUCCCCGUUUGCUGAUAACUUGUUCGUAGAGCCCUCGCUAACCCUGGACGAAUUGCAAGAGAGGGCCGCUCGGUUCAUUAGAAUAGAAGAAAUGAGGGCGGUCCAAAGGCGGCAGCAGGAGCAAAACUCAAGUUCAGGACAGGAGAAGAAGGAGAGUAAGAAACUGUUCGUACCAGGCGAGCGGUUAAAGGGCCAGAAGUAUAGAGAUGGCCCGAAGGGGGCUAGGUACGAAAGGUACACCCCGUUGAACACUCAAAGGGCGAGAGUACUGGAGGAAGCCCUUAAUGCAGACUUGAUAAGGGAUAAGGUGGAAGGAUUGAUCCGGACGGGUCAUCUGAGGCAGUUUGUUAAGGAGGAAAGAAAGGUGAGAAGUCCGCCCAGGAGGGCUAGGGCGGAGCGAAGUGAUGAGAGGGAGGGCAAGCGUCCCAACCGUCGACGGAGUAGAAGUCGUAGCCAUGACCGAUCGCUGCGAGGAACGAUAAACACUAUUUCGGGUGCUUUUGCAGGUGGGUCAUCGGCGUCCGCGAGAAAAAGAAACCUGAGGGAGCUUAAGAGCGUUCAUAGGGUAGAUGUGAGAAAGCGCUCUGUGCCGCCUAUCACAUUUACGGAUGAGGAUUUCCAUGCUCCCGAUCCGGAUGAGGACGACCCGAUGGUAAUAACUGCGGUCAUUGCCCAAUAUAGCGUGGGAAAAGUAUUGGUGGACCAGGGCAGCUCUGUUAACAUUCUGUACUGGAAGACAUUCCAGCAGAUGGACAUAUCCGAAGACCUGAUCGCCCCGUACAACGAGUAG